UUGUAACAUCGCGUGCAAUUCGUUUCCUAAAAUUUAUUUACAAACAGUGAAAAUGGCGGCACCCACUUCUCAGCCACCUCCUGAAGCGCCACCCGAAGAGCCCCCCAACCCUACCGAGGGCGUGGCGGCCACAGGGGAAAUAUUUGACGAAUUUUACCAGCAGGUUAAAGCCAUAGAGCACAGAGACUCUGUGCUCACGCCCAAGCAGCAGAUAGACCGCCUCAACAGACCUGGCUCGACGUACUUCAACCUCAACCCUUUCGAUGUCCUACAAGUUGACCCUGACCUUCCCCUGGCAGAUGUCAAGAAGAAAUACAGACAGAUGUCCAUCUUGGUCCAUCCUGACAAGAACCUUGAUGACAAGGACCGAUCCCAGAAGGCCUUUGAAGCUUUGAACAAAGCCUACAAGACACUGGAGAACGAGGAGGGCCUGAAGCGAUGUCAGGAGAUUGUAGAGGAGGCCCAAGUGAGGACAGACGAAAUGCUCAAGCAGAAGAGAAAACAAUUGAAAAAAGAAGGCAAAUCAACAGCAGUCCCCGAGGAUGAUAUGACCAAGUACAAGCAUUCUGUGUAUGUGCAGACGUGUAAACUGUUUGCCGACCUGGAGCGCAUGCGGCAGGAACGAGAGACUAAGGACAUGCAUGAGAGGAAAAGAAAGGCAGAGCAGGAUGCAGAUGAUGAAGAGAAGAAGAAAGUGGAAGCUGAAUGGAAGAAGAACUAUGAGGAAAGCCGCACAGACAGGGUAGACAGCUGGAGGAGCUGGAAGGGCAGCAAGAGCAAGAAGGCCAAAGGCGCUUUCCGUCCCCCCAAACACAAGGCGGAAACCCGCUGACCCAACCUCAUGGCUCAUCACAGGGAUACACACAGACACACUGCACGGAGCCUGACUUGCAGCACCAGCUCCCUGAUGUCACGACCAACCCAUCAGACAUAGAACUCAUCUAUUUUUGGACAGAAUGAAUCUGAUUAUGUAGUCAGGGUGCUGAAGGGUGUUUCCCCAUCUGUAAAUAACUGAUCUGAUAAAUAUGUGUUGGUGAGAGAAUGCUUGUGAGGCUGAAGUUAACAAUAAGUAUGUCUGACUGGUGUCCUUGUUUUUGCUUUGUUAUCAUAUGUGUAAUUAGAUUAAGGUCAGACAGUAUUUGUAUUUUGAAAGAUUGAAAGUUGUUCUCAAUGUUAUUUGAGGCUUUAGAAAGUAUGUAUUUGAGAGUGCUUGUAUAUUCCUACCUCGUACCUCCAGGAUGCCUUCACAUCUUUCUCCUGCUAUGGAGUAGCUCUCACUGGUGAACCUGAACCUCAUUAUCCUGCUGUGGAAUAGCUUACUCCAUAGGCAUAGGUACCUCUGAUUGCCUUCACAUCGUUCUGCUAUAUAGCUUGUGCACGAGGUGUAGGUACCUCCAGGAUGCCUUCACAUCAUUGGGUUGUUUUCUUCUCUCUAGGGGGCACGGAUGGCCCAGUCGUCUAAGGCGCGGCUAUUCGCUGUGAAGAGUUGCGUCCCUUGGACACGACAGAAACCUAUGAUUGUGGGUUCAAAUCCCAGUUCGCCCCGAUUAUGUUUC